UUGAGCCAACUGGUAUUCGUUGAUAAUAAACCCCCAAAUACCGGAAGAUUUCCAUUACAAAUAGAAGCAAAAAGAUUAAGAACAAAAACAGCAGCCUGAAGUCGAGCGCCAAAUUCAUCAACAAAGGCAGAGAUGGCUUAUAGUUGGAAACCGCAGAAAUAUGCGAAACUGAAUCUGCCAGUGGUGUCUGCUACUUAUGGCAUGGAUUUUGCCAGUGACAUUGAAUAUGUGGAGGUCAAAAAUGAAGUUAAACAAAAGAGCUUCGAAUAUGGACUUGGCAAAAAUAAUCAAGAUAUAUCACACUUGAAAGAAGGAUAUUAUCAUAUGGAAAAGAAAUAUGCGAAACUGGAUCUUUCAACUCCAUCUUAUGCCAUGGGUUUUGCCAGUGACCAUGUAAAGGAUGUGAAGGUCAAGGAUGAAGUGAAAAAAAAGAUCUCAGACCAUGGACUUGAAAAAACCGCAACGAAUAUGUUGCACUUUGAAGAAGGGGAUUGUCGCAAGAGAUAUACGAAACCGACUCUUCCAAUUAUAUAUAUUCCAACCCCUACUUAUGCCGUGGAUUUCGCCAGUGACCAUGAAUGUCAUGUAAAGGUGAAAGAUGAAGUUAAACAUGGACUGGAUUUACUACAAAAGGAAAAGAAACUGAAUGUGCAGCAAUAUAAUGAUCAUCCCAAAGCACCAGUAGAGGAGGGUCUGCCUCUGGACACGUAUGAUCCCAAAGAACUGCUGCGACCUUUGUACAACAGUUACAUAAAAUCGACGGUCUCCUGCAAAAUUAAGAAUGUACAAACAUUUGAAGAGUGGUAUACCAGUCUUUCAUCUGCCACACUUCUUAAAAAGGAAAAAAAGUCAAAUGUCAAUACCCCGAAGGAAAGGAAGCCCAAGCACAGGUGGACAGCAAGCUGAGAAACAGUGUUAGCUGCUUUAUCCUGUGAAAGGCUUGGAGGAGUUGUUAGUUAGAUAAUAGUUUUUCUAUUUGAAAUUUGCUUUGCGGUGUGUAUUUUAAAAAACUAUUGACAAGUACUUUCAUACCAUAAAAGUGAUAUUUAUAUUGACAAUUAACAAAUUAUUAACUUGAUUUAAUUUACCAUUUGUCAUGCCGAACAUAAAUAAAUAUUAAUGAUGUUAAAUAAUGAAAUUUGUACUACCGUUUUGUUAAAUAGCCCAGAAAAAUAAUUACAAUAUUUGGUAUUUUCUAUGCAUUAUUAGACUAAGAGGUAAAUGGCUAUAGUCAGAAUUUUAGGUAAGGAAGGUUUGACAAGCCUACUUUAUGUAAAACGUGGUGCGGAUCCCCAAAAUAGUAGUCUUAUUGACCCUACAUGUACUUAAGACAAAGUUGUCAUUUUGGUCUUUUUUUACCCAUCUGAAGCACACAAUAUAAUAAAGUUGGGGAGAGUUGCCCAGCCCUGAGAACAGCAGCCGAGCAUACUUCUCCCCCAUAAAUGUUCCAGGUUGAUCCUAUGGCAAAUGUGGAAAGGAGUGAAUGUCCUGAAGCCCACCGCCACCACAAUAGAUGCGGAAGCUAUCCAGGACCAAUCUUGAUCUGAUGUGCCGUGACCACUGACUAGGGUAGACAUCGUUUGAUGUGACAGAUGUCUCGAAUGCGCCUUGCAUGUUAUUUAAAAAUAUGUCCAUGCCCAAGGGUGGCAAGUGGACGCCGUCUGAAGAAGAGAGGAAUAGGGCUGGCUGUCGAUUUUGAUGUCGGGGUAUUUGAUGUAGCACACACACACACACACACACACACACACACACACACACACAUACAUGUGUGAGGAUGGCUUUGUUGUAGCCCAACAAAGCAAUUCCCCGAUGACUUUCUUCAAUGGCUAGUUUCCGGAUAAUAUAGACGGGGUCUCUCGAAACCAGAUAGCUCAAAGAUAAGACUGGUUUAUAAUUGAAAAACUACCAUACUGCUUACUAAACGACUGGUUUGACCAGACCAGUACCAUGGCAGUUGCUUUAAUAACCAGAUUUAUUCCCAAAUGAAUAAAUCCUGUUACUGAAAAUGACUUACAUGCACAGUAACCAAAUCCUAUAUUUUAAAGUAAAACAUGUUUAAACAACUGGUUUUAGAUGUGUAUUAUCAGAACUGUCAUCAUUAGUAUUAUCUUCAAUGUUUUAAUCAUCAUCAGUACUGCUAUAGUCAUCAUCAUCACCACCACCACCACCAUCCUCAUUUCUAACUGCAACAUCUUCAGGUUCCAUGUUAUCAAAAAUUUGUAAAGCCGAGUAGUAGAAAAUCUCCAUUAGUCUCUUCUUUUUUAUUCUUUUUUUUUUCUUUUUUUUUUUUCUUUUUAUUGUCCCCAGGUCAUUUUGACGAUGCCAGGGUUGGGGUGCCCUGAUUCAUCGCCUCACAGAAUAUGAA